CAGUAGAGACAAGAGCAUCAUCAUGGCGCUGCUGAGAUCCCCCAACGAUGAUGAUGGUAUGGAUGAUGCUGAUGGAACCAUCUACUCCAUACUCCGUGCCUACACUACUGUUCCCGUCGUGCAGAUGGGCUGCAGUUCUUUUCCAACUGACUGCAGGACGGCAGAACUCUACGUUCUCUGCUUGCCUGCAUGCACGUUGGAAAAAUGACUGUCCACGUAACCUACUACAAUCAUCUGUUCAUCUAUUCGCCGACAACGAGAACUGUACAGAGUACUGUGUCCUGUACUUCACCACACCAGCGCGGAGCAGUAUCCCUCUUUUCCAUCUCAUCUAUGAUCAAUCGCAUCAAUGGUAAUAUUGACCACGGCAAUGGCAAUUGCAAUGCUGCCGAGAGAUUCACAACUGACAGCACGUUGACCAUUUCUGCCACUUACACAACCGUACCGUACCAUUUUGUUAUACUCCAUUGUUGCAAUUGAUGUCAAAUAUGAGGUAUGUAUGGGGUAUUUACGGGACUACUGGAUAGUUGGUUGUCGGUACCAAGUUAUCAAAGUCUGUA